UCGCAGGCAUCGAUGAGACCAACUCGAGUUUUGCCUCGCAGUUACUGAUUUUAGUUGGAAGGUGAGGUUUUAAUUUUUUAAGCGAACGCCGAGAAAGACAAAAGUGCAAAAAAUAUUUUUUAUCAAAUAAAAAUACACAUAAAUAUGUUAAAAAACUAAUAAAAACGAGCGAAGAACCUCAAACAAAAAAAAUAAAAAACUAAACAAAAAACUACAAUAGCACGAGAUUUUUAAAUGAAAUUUUUUUCGUAAAAAAAAUCGGAAAUUGUGAAUGUGAACCGCAAUCGCGGAACCGAAGUGUUGUUGAUUGGUUGGUUGCUGUGUGAAGUGUUUCACAAUUAUGCAAAAAUAAUUAGAGUAAAAUAUGUAUUAGAGAAUUUGCUAAAAGGCGCAUACGUACAAAGGCACAAGCGAGCGGUGCGCGGUGUGUAAGUAAAAGUAACGCAUCACACCUAAGCAGCUGCGGAGCAUAGUAGAGCAACCGCCGCCCCAACAGCAGAACGCGCAGCACCUACGUACAUCUACUAAGCAGUCGCCACGGGAGGAGCCCUCGAUACGGUAGUACGCCAAUACAUACCCGCUGUGCAAACUUAUACCAGCCAGGGAGUGCUGUGCUCAGCCUUAUCACUCGCAUACGCGUGGUUCCUGUGACUGUCUGCGAGUGCCUCUGCAGUGCCUGUACCGGAGACGUUGGCAGAGCCAGUGAACGUUUAAAACAUAUUGGAAUUGCGGUUUGGUGCGCAUGAUUCAACAGUAGCCAAAAUGAGGUCUUUAUCAAGUGCUGGUGCUGAUAUUCUAACAAAACACUCAAUUAAUUCGCUGUUGGAACAGCGUCAAGAUUUUUUGAGUAGGCGAAAUGAGACCACUGAUGAGCUAAUAUCAACUUUAAAUGAUCCCCCGCUCGCUCUUAAUGAUUUUCUUGGCUUUGGCAAAUCUACUGCAAAUCCACUGCUUUUGGGCACAAAUGUAGACACGCUGUCUACCUCAAUGGCGGCCUACACGCCAUUGACACCGAGCUCAUCGCAGUCCUCGGCCUCGCCGGGCACCAUGUCAGCGAAUUCCUUUGAUAUCUUUCAGUUUGAAAAUGUUGCACAAAAUAACACACCACUUAAGGUAUUUCAAAGAAACAUCAGCUUCGAUUGUUCUGCACCUUUAUCGCCAAGUACGCCCACCUCUAUUUACAAUCGCUCUUUUCUCAAUUCACCUUUAGUCAGCAUUGGCAGCAACUCAUCGAGCGCCAACGGUUUAUCGGUUGAUUCGAUACCGUUGAUGUAUCGGAAUAAUUUUGUGAGUGGCGGCAUUGGUGGCUGUCUCUCGAACAGUCGGUCUAACUCACCGGAAAGUCAGAAUAGCAAUCAGUCGAACGUGGAGCACAAUUUGAUUGAUAUGAUUAAUUUGCUCUCUGUGGCAGAUAAUGAGUCGCAAAUUGCACUGCAUCAGCAGCAGCAGCAGUUAUCAACGCAACUAUCUUCUUCAACUUCCCAAAACCAAUUCUCGCCGCUGUCUACGCAGCCACAUCAUUUACUUUCACCACUACAAUUCGACCAACAAUUGUCGCUCGGACAACAACAGCAACAGCCAUCUACUACCUCCCUCAAUAGUCUGGGGAAUGUCAACAACAUGUCUGGCUUUGCCACAAAUCUCUUCGAUGAGCAGCAACUGCAAAAUUUCGAUGCGCUCACCGCCGUGGAUUUGGAAUUGUCGAAACUACAAAAUAUGCAGGCAUUCAAUACCCUUAAACUAUUGCAGGCACAAUCGCAACAGGUGCCGUUGCUCAAUCAUUUGCUGCAGGGUUACAGCAAUGGUAUGAAUCAGUUGAAGGGAUUGCCACAAGCGCAAGCACAGCCACAGUCGGCAGCAGCAGCGGAUGCUCAUUUAGAUCGUGUAGCGAAAUUCUAUCGCAGUUCGGCUGCACUUUACGACGCCACCUGCACUUGGAGUGGUCAGUUGCCACCGCGUUCGCAUCGCAUGUUGAACUAUUCACCGAAGGUUUUUCUCGGUGGCAUACCCUGGGAUAUAAGCGAACAAUCGUUAAUACAGAUAUUCAAGCCUUUCGGGCAGAUCAAAGUUGAGUGGCCCGGCAAAGAGCAGCAAGCGGCACAGCCAAAGGGCUAUGUUUACAUCAUUUUUGAGUCGGAUAAGCAAGUGAAGGCUCUGUUGUCCGCUUGUGUCCUGCAGGUCGACGAUUCGCAGAGUGGUGGUAUUUACUAUUUCAAAAUUUCUUCACGCCGCAUCAAAGCGAAGGAUGUUGAGGUCAUCCCUUGGAUUAUAGCUGACUCUAAUUUUGUUAAGUCCACCUCACAGAAAUUAGAUCCAACCAAAACGGUAUUUGUGGGUGCAUUGCAUGGCAAACUCACUGCUGAGGGGCUGUCAAAAAUAAUGGAUGACCUCUUCGAUGGUGUUCUAUACGCAGGCAUCGAUACUGAUAAAUACAAAUACCCCAUUGGCUCCGGACGUGUUACUUUCAACAACAAUCGCUCUUAUAUGAAAGCUGUCUCUGCUGCUUUCAUCGAAAUACGCACCGCCAAAUUCACGAAGAAAGUACAGGUAGACCCUUACUUGGAAGAUUCACUUUGCUCUAUUUGUGGGGUGCAGCAUGGGCCAUAUUUCUGUCGGGAACUGUCAUGCUUCAGAUACUUCUGUCGCGCUUGCUGGCAAUGGCAGCAUUCCUCAGAUGGCGUUAAAAAUCACAAGCCGUUAACGAGAAAUUCCAAAUCACAAAUGUUGCUGGGCAUUGGACCCGCUGCUUCCACUGCUUCCUUGUCCGCGUCAAGCUCGACACCACAGCCACAACAGCAGCAGCCGCUACAGUCACAGCAUACAUCUCAGCAGCAGCAGCAGCAGCAGCAAAAACAGCAACAACAACUGCAAGCUCAUCAAAAUCACUUGAGCGGUGGCUAUCAAUUGGAGCAAGCGCAUCAGCACCAAACCAAUUCGCAUUUGCAUCGUUUUAAUCAGCUGCAACAGCAGCAGCAGCAACAACGUCGGACAACAUCGCCACAGCUAAUGUAUCAACUAAAUCAUCAGCAACAACAACAAAAUCAGCAACAAUCUAUAUUUUAAGCAGUGGUUUGUUAGUGUUAAGCUCGAAAUGCAAUUGAAUUGUUAAGUUGCUAGUUAGUCUAGUUUAUCUCACACACAAACAAACAUAGUCUAGUUUAUCUAGCAUACAUACAAACAUAUAUAUAGUAUAUAUCUAAUACUUAUUUCCACACAUUUCUCCUUCUUUUUGUUAAUAUUUCUUCAUUUCAUUGUUGUUACUCCUAUUUGUAAGCUGGCAUAAAGUUGUUUUUGUAAAUAAUGUAUAAUUUUAGGCGCAUUUUUCGAAAUGCUUACUCGCAUUGAGGCACUCAUUUGAGUUGAGCGGCACAAUUAAUUAUAGCUUUUAGAUUUUUAGAAAGCGAGCCAAUUGCAUACAAAGCAUUGUACAUACAAACACACAGACAUACAGUACUCAUGUAACAUAUCAACCAUUUGUAGUUUUAAUUUGAGCUCAUAAGUAUGCUUCUAAAAGCUGAACUCUCUGUAUAUACAUCCAUAUUAAUUUCGGCAUCACUCAUUUGGGGUGUGGGGCGGGCACAUUUAAGACAUGCUAUGUUUUAGAAAUGAAUUAUUUCUAAUUAGGUUAGCAAAUGUAUUUGUAGUUUGCCAAAUAAGAAUUAUUGGGCCUAUCCUAUAUUUUUGUAAAUACGCUAUCGUAAGAUAACUAUUUUUCUAGAGAAUAUACAUAUUUAUUUGAUUGAUGGAAAAUUCUUUUUUCACUUUAGUAUUGAAAAUUGAAAAUUUUCUAACGCAAUUUCAAAGCUUUGUAAACCAAUUUAUUUAUUUAUAUUGUUAUGCAGAUGUUUGCUUUCAAACUUUACGUCAUCGCUUUCUAGUUAAUGUUUUGUUAUUUAUAUUAACAUUAUUUAUUAUGCUUAAUAUUAUUGUGUGAUUAUCAGUUUGAUUAUGUUGUUGUUAUAAUUACAAAAAUAUUUUUGUUACCUUUAAUUAUUAUUAACACUUUUUCCCCUUGCUUGUAAAAUGUUUGAUAUGCCGUACCAUUCAGGUAGUGAAUUUGAAUCAUUUCAAUGCUUGUCCAUGAACCGAUUUAAGUUUUUUUUUUUCGUUUUCUGUGAAAAUAAAUUUUUAGUUUCUUUCUUUAUACAAAAACCAGCA